AUGGGUUGCUUUCCAGGUUGCUUCGGUGGCCGGAAGAAUCGACGGCGUCAGAGACGCAGGGAGGAGCCUCGUUUAAACAAAAUCUCUGAGUGUUCUACAAAAGAAGUUCAUCUGAAGCUUAGUGUUCCUAUUGUUGAGGAAGUCCAAAAGUCUGCAAAGGAUGUUAAUGUUUCUAAAAUUUCUGAGGGGUCUGCAAAGGGUAAUGAUCAUCAGAUUGUUAGGGUCCCUGCUGCUGUUGAGGAAGUCACUAAGGUUUCUGUCAUUCCGACCACUGACAUCUGUGACAAGGAAGCUGAGGAGAGAAACAGUCCGAGUCCAACUCGUAAAAGAGUGACUUUUGACUCCAAGGUCAAAACAUAUGAACACAUUGCAGUUGAUGAAUCCGUUGAACUCUUAGAAGAGGAGGAGAAGAAGAAAGAAGAGGUGAAGCUUUUGAAGUCGAGUCAGGCACCAUGUUCAUCUGAGGGAAGCGAUGUUACUUCCAACUCGUCAAGUUCUUUUCCUUCAAACCAUAGAUACCAGAAUUGCAGAGAGAGUGACGAUGAGGAAGAGGAGGAUGCUGUAACAGAUUGUGAUGAAAGUGAUCUAGAGGAUGAUGAUGAUGAUGAUGGUGGUCUGCUUGAUGAUGACUAUUAUGAUGAUAAUUAUGAUGAUAAGCGUCCCAACUACUGGGACAACAACAAUGUCUACACGGAGGAAAUUGCGGAUAAUGUUUUGAAUAAAGACAAGUCUAACACGAGUGCUAGAGACAGAACCGGAUAUGUCAACGCCGUACUGAACCCGAUCGAGAAUCUUAGCCAAUGGAAAGCUGUGAAAUCCAAAGGAAGAACUAUGCAGACAGAGUCUCGAAAGGAGAACACCACUCUCAUCUCCGAUCAAGAACACAAACUAAAUGCAUCCUUCAACUUAGAGGAGCCUCGUGUUGAUGAGGAGUUACUACCAUCAUUCAGCAUUAAGCAGAAAUCAAGAGAUGAAAUCAAGAAACAGAGAUCUCAAGAAGUACCAGCUGUUGACGCUAGUCUCUCAACAUGGUUAUCUACAUCGCAGACCACGAACAGCGGAUGCAGCAGCGUCUCUAUGGGUGUUAAGACCGUGAUGUCCGAGAAGAAGUACUGCUCGAAACCGGUUCAAAGCUACGAUGAGAGACCUAUACUGGGGGCGUUAACUUCAGAGGAGAUAAAACAGUUCUCAGCAACGAACUCUCCAAGGAAAUCUCCAAGUAGAAGCCCUGAAUCACCUAUUAUCGGAACAGUCGGUGGUUACUGGAACAAUCACUCAAUGGCCACUAGGAAGUAGCGAGAAGUAUGAAGUCCAAGCUCUUAUGUCUCACGUUCCACACAUGUUUGGUUACUGAGUGAAAUAUAAUUUAUUUAAGAUUAAUUGGCUUUUGUGUGUCUUGUGUGUGUUUGUUUAUGUGUUUGUUGCCUAUGUGGUGUGAUUUUAUUAUGCACUGAGUGAAAUAUCAUUUUAUUUAAAGAUUAAUUGGCUUUGUGUUGUCUUGUGUGUUUGUGUGUAAUAAACCAAAUCGUGUGUGUUUUGUUGUC